CGUUAGGUUUGCAAUUGAUUCGUUGCUCUUUUUCUUCACGUUCUUCAUGCAUUCCAGCGUCCUUACCAACGGCGGGAAAAAAAAAAAAAAAAAAAAAAAAAAAAAAAAAGGAAAAAAAAAAAAAAAAAAAGCCGAGAUGUUGUCGACAAGAGACGGAGACGGAUGGGUAAUGUACAUUUGACUUCGGACGUCGUCCUUCCGUUGCAUGCGGCUGGGCCCGGGUCCCCGGGGGCGAUAGCUUGAAUUCCCAUUCAGACCAUCAUCAUCCCAGCCGGAUAGGCCAAAAUCCCAAGUCAGAGGCUAGCAAUCCCAGCUUUGGCAAAAGCGCAAAACAAUCCAAAGACACGCCCGGGGACCCUGCAGUCGUGGGGUUGCCAAGGGGCCGCCUGUCAGGCACGUUCAAAGCUCCGCCAGUGUUCACCGUUGUCUCUGAUCAAGACUCUUUCACUGACCGGGCAUCUCAUCCUGCCCUGGGCUUCCAUAAUUCCACCAACCAACCUUUGGUGUUGCACUGUAUACCUUAGGUGCAGCCCUUAAAGUACCCAACCAAGCGCGGCUUCCUUAUCUCCAAACUUUUUUUCAACUUCUCUUCUUGCUUUCGGUUUGCAUAUCCUUCCGGCAAGGGGCACAUUAUACAUACACUAGGGUGCGUAUACUUGACUGACCGUCUUUGCGCCGCCCCCGUUCUCUGCCGAUAUGGCUUCAAUACCCCUACAAGUUACCAUUCCCGCGGUAGCUGCUGUUGCUGCUUACGCCAAUGCUCGAUUCCUUGCUUACUACGACCUGGAACUACUCAGGGCCAUCGUUCCUACCGUCCUCGGCGGUGCUUGGAAGCGCUACCGGGACCGUGUGAAUCUCUUUUACCAACUUGAGAACCUCGCAACCACCAAGUCGUCCGAAAACAGAGUGUUCCUUCGGUUCGAAGACCGGGCAUACACGUAUGCGCAGGCUUAUGAUACAGUCCUGCGCUAUGCCAACUGGCUCAAGGACCGGCGCGGCGUCAAGAGGGGCGAUCUCGUUGGCUUGGACUUUCAAAAUACCGAUACUUUCAUCUUCCUCGUCCUCGCUACAUGGGCCAUUGGAGCGUCGCCGGCGCUGCUGAAUUACAACCUUACCGGUAACCCGCUUAUUCACUGCGUGAACAAGUCAACGGCGCGGUUGGUCCUGGUCGAUCCCGUUGUUGCGGGCAAUGUCAGUGAAGAUGUCAGGUCGGCUUUGGGGGGCGUCAUCUUCGAAGUCGUGACGCCAGCGCUGGAACAAGAGAUGUUGGCGAUGGAUAGCGUCCGUCCUGCGGAUGAGCUGAGAAGCGGAUUCAAGGACAAAGACAUGGCGAUGCUUAUCUACACUAGCGGUACGACUGGCUUGCCCAAAGCUGCCAUUAUCUCAUGGGCCAAGGCUGCCACUGUUGCCAAUUUCACCUUUCGAUGGCUCGGCACCAAUGUGAACGACGUGUAUUAUACGGCCAUGCCUCUUUACCACAGCACAGCCAUGCUAUUGGGCUUUGCUCAUACUUUGGCAGCAGGUGCCACUUUUGCCAUGAGCCGUAAGUUCUCGACUUCCGGAUUUUGGAAUGACGUCCGAAAACACAAUGCCACGAUUAUCCAGUACGUUGGAGAGACGUGCCGGUACCUCCUAUCGGCACCUCCCAUUAUUGAUCCAGUUACUGGUGAAGACCUUGACCGCAAACAUAGAGUACGCGCUGCCUUUGGAAACGGACUGCGACCAGAUGUAUGGAACCGAUUCAAGGAGCGUUUUGGAAUCGAGACGAUUGCCGAAUUCUAUGGCGCGACCGAAGGCACUUUUGCGACAUGGAACAAGAGCCGAAACGACUUCAGCAUGGGUGCAGUGGGGCGAAGCGGUAGUCUCUACAACGUUAUCUUUACAAGAGAGGUUGCCAUUGUCGAGGUGGACCAUGAAACCGAGCUUCCUCGCCGAGAUCCCAAAACCGGGUUUUGUACCCGAGCGCCCCGCGGAGAGCCAGGCGAGCUGCUCUUCAGGUUACCGCCUGGCGAUAUCAACUCUCGCUUCCAGGGCUACUAUGGCGAUGAGGAAUCAACAUCGAAAAAGGUGAUGAGGGAUGUGUUUAGCAAGGGCGAUGCCUGGUUCCGUACCGGUGAUGUGCUGCGCUGGGAUAACGAGAACCGAGUUUACUUCAGCGACCGUAUCGGCGACACUUUCCGGUGGAAGAGUGAGAACGUCUCGACUGCUGAGGUUGCCCAGGUGGUUGGCUUGCAUCCCGCGGUUCUCGAGUGCAAUGUCUACGGCGUCCAGGUGCCCAGCCACGAGGGUCGCGCGGGCUGCGCCGCCGUGGUUUUGAAGCCGUCGUGCUUGGUGCAGACAAGCGGCGAGGCGGCUAGAGCACCUAGGCCAACCGACGACACCGUUAAGAGUCUAGCUGAGCAUGUCAAGAGGGGGCUCCCCAAGUACGCCUUGCCUCUGUUCCUGCGCGUAGUGCCGGAGGGAGGCCUCCAGGCGACAGGUACGAACAAGCAGCAGAAGCACAACCUACGGAGCGAGGGCGUAGAUCCGGCCAGGACGGGUGAGGAUGAAGUGUUCUGGCUAAGGAACGGUACGUACGUCAAGUUCGGUGUAGCGGAUUGGAAGGAGCUUAAUGCAGGUAAUGUGAAGCUUUGAGAUGGGCUGGCGUUGGUUUUGGCGCAAUCUUUACAAAUGGGUUCAAGUUGAAUAAAAGUAAUCAGGAGUCUGGCUAUAAUUAUCAUGGAAAAUCACACCCUCCCAACCACCCCGACAUGGGUCGGUUGCCCAGAACACAUUACCGUAUCGCAGUGAGACAUAUCUCAUGGUUCUCCUUAUUCCGCUUCAGGCCUACUUUAAAUGUUCUUUAUUGGCAGCCACGACCAGCACUUAUACCCAAGCUCCGAUGCCACUUAUUACAGCCCGGAGCCAAAACAAUCCUUCGCCAUAGCGGACGUUAAUCGGGAGCUCCGGUGGUGGCACGGGUGAGCAACUGCCGUGAUCUGCCGAAUUAUCAACUGUCCGUAAUGUGGAUGUUUUGUUGGAUAAUCGCCGGCAAGCGGAAGCUCUAGUGAUGAGAAUCACCCGUGGCCGAGAUGAGUCGGAGAUCGAAUUCGUAGUUAUUGCCUAGGCAAGACGAUGCAGCUGGAAGCGCCGCCUUCUCAACCAUGUCCUCUCCACUUGAUGCCGAGCUCGCCAUUGAUCCCGACACCCGGAGACUUGGAACCAGGCACACCAUCGGACACCCUUGUUGUUUCCGGCUGUCGGCCUCCACAUGUGCGGACGCAUGCUUUUCCCCGCCCGCCCCUGGACGGAGCACGGAGAGGGCUUCGGGAGGAUCCGGUACUUGUUGGCUACACAGUAGACUCACCGCGAAGCAUGCUUGACUCUACC